CACUCCCUCCUGCUGCAUGAUAUUUGAGUAAUUUGACCUCAUCAGGCAUCGGACCCUUCUGUAUCCUUGUUUAAUCAGAGUAUAUCUUGGAAGCCGCCGCAUGCGCUUGCAAAUUUUUAUUCUACUGGAAACACGUCUCUCUAUACCAUUUAAACGUGCACCGUAUUUUCGAAGAGAGGAAAGAGUCAAAACAUAGGUGGAAAUGGUCGAAGAGGUGUCUGAAAAUCGGACACAGGCCGAUACUCCUGAACAACAACCAGAACAACGAUCGAAACAGGAACUAGCGCACCCAGAGGAACCACAGGCGGCUGCAGAGCCAGUUCCAGAACCUGAAGCUGUGCUGGAACAACCACAGCCUGCUGCGGAGCAGCUUGCAUCGGAUGAUGCUCAGGGACCUUCCGAUCCACCACAACACUCAAAUCUAGAGACAUCAGAGACAUCGGUACCUGAUGCCUCUGAUGCUCAAGGUGAUGAGGUGAACAUCGAUAAUGACCACACCAACGACACAGCCAAUCAAACAACAAACGAGACACAAAACGGUGCACUGGAGAAAACACCCGACAGCAUCCUCGACUUGCAGGACAAUACAGUCAACGACGCCACCGACGAUGCACCUACCGACGUACCCGAUGAUUCCAUUUCCAAUAAGACCAUCGACGACGCAACCGAGGACAAGAAUCCGGAAACUGCAGAAUUUGUCGAAUCUACGGAGGAUACGGCUCAUACAGAUACCGUUACGCCGGUCGAGCCUGUAUCCGCGAAAUCCAUUGAAUCGGAAAGACCUACAGAGCCGCCUGCUCCUAUUGAUUCUGUCGAGCCUAUUCCCGCGGAAUCGUCAAUUCAGCCAUAUAAUGACAUAGGACCUGAGCAACAGCUACAGCCUGCAGAGGCCAACGAGGCCACAGAACCUGCAGAGCCAGGGGAGUCCACAGAAAUUGAACAGCCUGCAGAGCCGUCUGAAAACGGCGUGGCCCAGACCAAUCAAUUCACGACGCAGCGCUCGCCUGUACAGCAACCUGCAUUCUCUAACCCCGAUUUCGCUCCCAGCACUGCAUCGUCUUCGUCCGUGUCACAGGCCGCGUCGUCUAUCCCACGAGCUGCCUCGCCUACAGCUGCAACUUCAAUUGAACAGGAAGGAAUCUCCGCAUCCAUUCGGCAACCUGUGCCUGUGUCUCCUCUGAAGCCUGUCCUGCCUCCAUCACCUUCGUCACAAGGCAGUAUUCCUUCUCAACGGGCCACUUCUUCCCCACACUCGCAUGCGCAACAAGCGACAUCAUCCGGGCACAGAAACAGUGGAUCUGUGUCCAAUUACGCAUCAUCGGGAUCGCUUUCGCCUAUGCAGAAACUUGCAUCUCCCGUGCAGAAACCAACAUAUCCCAUGUAUAGGACCCAUUCACCCAUGCCCAAGGUCCACAGCCCUCUUGCACGUCCUUAUUACUCUCCCAUGAUGUCCCCGCACCAAACAAUGCAUUCACAUGCGCACUCGCACUCGCAAAUGGGACAUCCGAACCAGUCUAUGCUUCCCGGAGCCUUUCCGGGAUACGGGGGAGCCUUCCAGUCGCCGGAUCUUAGUGCUAGUGGCUAUUUGCCUCCAUACACGCAAAACGCCUACCAGGGCCAUCCUUCGAUGUACCCGCAACAGCAGCAGCAGCCCGCUCACGAUCGUCGGUAUAGUAGUUUUUCUGAGUCAAAUUUUAUGCCGGCUUUUCAAAACCUCCGUGAUCUCUCUAUGAUGAACGGAAAUGGAGUUGACGGUAAAUUCAACGACGUUAAAGGACCUAUGCCGCAGCCCGACGUUGAUGGCGAGAAUAUCUUCCUUCUCCAGAGACUCAACGACGCCAUUCCGGACCUAAGCCGCCUGCUUCAUGGAUACAAGACCACGCAGAACAAACUCGUGGCGCGCGAGUCAGAAAUCAAGCAAAUGCAGACUCAAUACGAACAGUCGACAAUGCGAAAAGACUUUUAUAUCGAGGCGCUACAAAACCAAAUGCGAAAGGCCGCAAAUGACAACGCGGAAGAAAUCAGCAAGCUGAAGCAUGCUGUCAACGAAGUUCGAUUGGAAUUAGGCGAUCUUGACGAGAAGCACAAGGACCUGCAAGAGGCUUUUGCUGAGUCGCAGAAAUCGAACGAAGAGCUCUCGCAACACAAAGCUGAGCUCGAAUGUGAUGUCGCAAAGCUGAGUAAUGAUUUGACAGGGGAGCAAGAUGCCCACGAAAGGGCAACAGAGGGUCUCAAGCAAGAACACGAGGAAGCUCUCGCGACACAGGAACGGGAGCUGACAGAUUCUUUUGAGGGGGUUAUGGCUGAAGAAGCGACGUCGUAUAGAGAAGCCAUGAAGGCCAUCGAGACGAAGUUGAUUGAUCAACAACGAGCGAUGAAGAACGAGUACAAGGAUCAAAAACGGCAGAUGCAAGAGGCCCAUGAUGCUCUCCAGGCGGACUCUGAUGCGAAGACUGCGGACCUCGAGUCGACUCAAACCGAAUUAUUUACAUAAAUGAAAUCGAAACCAUUAAUGCCGCAUUUAGCGACAAAGAGCGGCAAUGGGAAGAGCAGCGUACCGACCUUGAGA